AUGCCAUCUCUAUUCAGCACAGACAAUGCCCCUCAGCUGGGAGUCGCCCUCCUACGCGUAUCUCCGCUAGUCCUCUCGUCGGCGUCUCUGAUGUUCAGCUGGGCUCAGGACAUUUCGCUCGGCGCCUUCUUGCACCACUCGCUGCGCAACGAUCCGACCCAUCCAAGUGGCAAAAUCCUGCCUCGCUAUCUCCCCGCAUUCAUGAAACCUGGGCUCUGGGGAAUUGGUUUGACGUACCCAACGGCUACCGUCCUAUGUAUCGUCAACGGGUUAAGUGGCCAGAGCCGUGAAACCCGCCACCUGUAUUUUGCUGGUGCCGUGCUAAGUAUCGCUCAUUUCUGCUGGGGCCCUUCCAUGUUCGCCAUUCUUCGCCGCAUUCAGGAUCCCAAGACUGCCGGAGUCCCUAAUGAGAAUGCGCUAGAGAGUUGGCUACCCAGACAUCACAGUCGGACUCUAUUGGUUAACGUCCCGGCUUUCUUGUGCAUCUUUACUGCUACUUUGGCUACCAUCACCGAGGGUCUUAAGUAG